UAGCUCUAAACCAGCACCCCCAUCUCUCUCUCUCUCUCUCUCUCUCUCUCUCAUGCAUAACAAGAACUUGCUUGUUUUGCUCAAGUCAUUUAAGCUGACAAAGGCAAUUUAAGUUUGGCACAGAAGUUACAGUUUGAACACCAUGAACAAGCUUAACAUUGUUGAAAAUGGAGGAAUAAAGUUGCCUCCAGGAUUCAGAUUCCAGCCAACAGAUGAAGAGAUUGUGUUUCAUUACCUCACUAGUAAAAAUCUUUCAUGCCCUUUGCCUGCUUCACCUGUCUCUGAGAUCACUGUUUGCAACUACGAUCCUUGGGAUUUGCCAGGUGAGGCAGAGCAAGAGAGGUAUUUCUUCACCAAAAAGGAAGCCAAGUACCAGAAUGGAAACAGAACUAACAGGUCAACCAGCUGUGGGUAUUGGAAGGCAACUGGCUCAGACAAAAAGAUUACUUGUUCUACAAGAAAACAUGUAAUGGGGAUGAAGAAGACACUGGUUUUCUAUACUGGAAAGUCUCCAAAUGGAUCUAGAACUGAUUGGAUCAUGCAUGAAUAUAGCCUUGUCAACUUGGGAACUACAAAUUGUAAUGAUCAACAACCCAAGAAUUCAACUCAGAGCACUGUGGUCCAGAGAGAAAACUGGGUUCUCUGCAGAAUAUUUGUGAAGAAACGAAGUACAAAAGGCAAUGAUGAGAUUGUUGUAAAAGCUCCCACAGAAAAUAGAGUUGAGAAUCAAGAGGUGGUUCAACCAAGAUUACUCCACUAUGAUUUCAUGAUGAGAAACUUGAAUCAUGUAGCCCCCACCUCUUCUUGUUCUUCCUCCUCUUCAACUUGUGAUUCCAGAAUUCUCACUGAGGAGGUCACUUCCAUUGGGUUUGAUCAUCAUCAACAAACCAGCAACAAUGGUCAAUGGUAUUGAACAAAUAAAAACUUAUAUAUAUAUAUAUAUAUGCAUAGAAAUUAAUCACAUUUAUAAUUAAUUUUGUGAUCAAUUUUCAUGCACGUAAAAGUAUUGGGUUGUAAUAGUUUCUCCAUAAUGUUAUAUAUCAAGGAGACCUACGAGAGUUCUUGUUCGUUUAA